AUGUCUCCUUCACAAGCACAAGCACACCGAACCUUCAAGGUCACCCUUUUGCCCGGGGAUGGAGCAGGCCCACAGUUGGCAUCCCAUGCGAAAAAAGUGCUGGGCUUCAUCCAACAAGUGCGGCCAAACCUUACGUUUGAUAUCUCUGAACAUCAAUUUGGUGGUGCAGCCAUUGCUGCCGGCGCAGGCUCAGCACCGCCUCGUGCCGCCUUACAGGCGUGUCUCGACUCUGACGCCGUCAUUCUGUGCGGAUGCGGUGAUCCGCAGUUUGGCGUCGAGCCGGUCACAGGGAGUCUAGAUUUGCACAAGGAGCUCGGUAUUUUCGCUAAUAUUCAACCGGUGUUUUUUCCAAGUACAGGGCUUGUCCAGCAAAGCUCGUUCAAGUAUGACGGAGUUCAGAGGCUCGAUAUCACUUUCAUUAGCGAUGCCACGAGCGGGAUAUCUUACAGGGCCUUAAAGGAGGCAGACAGUGAGGGCCAAGCCCACGAUACGACGGAAUACUCUCGUGAGACGAUCGAACGGGUAGCGCGGUGGGCAGGAGCUUACGCCAUGCAGUUCCACCCCCCGAAGCCUGUACACUCCGUUGACGAAUCCAGUCCCCUGGCGACAUCGCCUGUCUGGAGGUCCGUUGUCACGGAGGUAUUCGAAAACGAAUUCCCGCAGGUCCCGCUCCGUUAUGUCCUGGUGGAUACCGCGGCAACACUGCUGGCUUCUGAGCCGACCCGGUUGAAUGGUAUCGUCCUGACCACCAGCAAGCUUGGAGAGACUCUGUCCGACCAGGCGGGAGGCAUUGUGGGAUCACAGGACAUAUUGGCAUCGGCAGCCGUCUCGACCCCUCCAAGGAAGGGCAUCGCAGGUAUGCCGGGAAUUUUUAAGCCCCGGAAUCUGAAUGCACGGAGAGACACGUCGGAUCCCCUCUGCAUCCUGCCAGCCGUGAGCCUGAUGCUCGACUUGUCUUUUGGCCUGGUUGCAGAGGCUGCUGCAUUGACCAGAGCGAUUCGUCGGACGUUGGACCCGAUUGAGCUGUUGGGAUCCAAUAUACGGACCGCCGGCGUUGGGGGUUUGGCCACGCCAGACGAGUUCAUGGGGAAGUUGUUGGAGCAUCUGGACUAUUACCUCGAGGCGGCCAGUGCUGAAGCGGAGUCCCGGAUGUCGCGCCUCCCAAGGGAGCCAAGCGUGGGUCAUCCUGUAGGAAAGCGCCGUCCGAUGGGCGUCAUUGAAAAGAUCAUGACGAAUGCCGCCGUGGGUUUGAGCAAACCAGAGGUCCAGACUGGGGAGAUUAUUUGCGUCCAGGUGGACUGGACGUUGACGUCCGAAAUCCUCUGGGCCGGGAUGGAGAAAACAUACGACCGCAUGGGGAGACCUCGCCCGUAUCGCAACGAUCGGAUGUGGCUGGCGAUUGACCACACGGUCGACCCACGCACGAAUCAUCGUCCCCGGCAACGAAGCCUCAUUGAAAAAGCAGAAAAAUUCCGACGCGAAGCCAAGAUCAUCGACUUUCUCCCGGCCAACACCAGUAUCUUACACACCGAUUUUACUCGCGAACGAGCCCAGCCUGGUCGCAUUAUCGUGGGCUGCGACUCUCAUUCCUGUUCUGCUGGUUGCAUGGGUGCCCUAGCCGUUGGACUCGGGGCUGCAGAUGUGGUCAUGCCCAUGGUGACGGGGGAGACCUGGUUCCGGGUGCCGGAAGUCUGUCGCAUCAACUUCGUGGGGAAAUUGCCCUUUGGAAUUGGCGGAAAGGAUGUCAUUCUUCAUAUACUGGGGCUUUUCAAGCGGAAUACGAUUGCCUUCCAGCGCGCGGUCGAGUACGGCGGCCCAGGGCUGAAGGAGCUGUCCAUGGAUGCCCGAUUUGCCAUCGCCAACAUGACGACCGAGUUUGGCGGCAUGGGAGCCUGUUUUGAGGCCGACGAGAACACCGCGGAAUGGAUCUCCCGCAGGCCACAUCCGGAGCAUCGAGAAGGAGGCUUAUACUUUAAAGCCGACCCAGAUGCGCAAUAUGCCGAGGUCCGCACCGUCGAUCUCUCCGAUGUGGGCUUCACCAUCGCCCUGUACCCUGACCCAGAUCAUGUGGUAGCUGUGACGGAGAAAGUAGGCAUGAAGCUGGAUGGCUGCUUUAUCGGGGCUUGUACCACCACCGAAGAAGACCUGAUUGUAGGGGCCUUGGUGUUGGAGGCUGGCCUGCGCGCUGGCAUGGUGCCCGCCUCCCAAGGCCGGAGGAGGGUCACUCCCGGAAGUCUCAGCAUCAUCAAGAAUCUGGAGCGACAUGGCGUCUUGGAUAUCUAUCGACAGGCGGGAUUCAACAUUGGAGCGCCGGGGUGCUCGUACUGCGUCGGGAUCAACGACGUUGACGUUGCCGGCGAAGGAGAAGUCUGGCUCUCCUCCCAGAACCGCAAUUUCCGCAAUCGAAUGGGCAAAGGAAGCUUCGGGAGCAUCACUUGCGCCGCGGUGGUCGCGGCCUCGAGCUUCGGCAUGGUCGUCACGGACCCCCGGCCGUUGCUGAGCCAAAUCGACAAGGGAAGAUUGAACAGAAUCCUCGGGAGCCAGAAGGUCUCGUUGACCAUUGCGCCCGAGACUAGCGAGCCUGAUCCAGUCAUUUCAUCUCAUGUCGCUCCGGCUCCGGUCCUCCUCGAUAGCGGGACUCCUGCCGAGACGGCUACUCCCACGGCAGAUACUACACGUACUACCAGUGAAGGCCUUCUUCGGUCGAGAGUUCAGCGGUUUGGGGAAAACGUCGAUACUGACGCGAUUAUUCCCGCUGAAUUCGUCCCCGGUGUUGAUAAUGCGGAUCUGGGCAAUCACUGUUUCCAGUACUACCGCCCCGAAUUCCGAAAGAAGGCAGAAGAUGGGUCGAGAAUAAUCGUUGCAGAUCGUGGAUUCGGCAGUGGCUCGUCCCGUGAAGAUGCAGUCAGAGCCUUACAAGGAGCAGGCAUCGAAGCAGUCAUUGCGCCCAGUUUCGCAUUUAUCUAUGACCGAAACCAGCUCAACAUGGGCCUGUUUAACAUCACCUUACCGGAUGCCGAGUUCUAUGCGCAUGCCAAGGAAGAUUCCGUCGUCAUCAUCGACCAGAACACAAAGACAGUGCAGAUCGAGGGAAUCGAUCGAGUCUUCCGUUACCAGCAGUCGGAGAUGGAGAAAACUCUUCUUGACGCCGGAGGUGUACUCCCAUUGUAUAGCCAAUUUGGGCGCACGGUGUUCCGGCAGAUUGCCAACGCAAAUAGCACCGGGCGGAUGAAGAGCAAAUCAGGUGCUCCUCGGCCGGUGAAGCUGGACUGGUGA